GCUUGCUCAUCAUUUUCGCUCAUUUCAUCUCUCACUUUUUUCUUCUCUUUUGCCUUUGCCUUGGCAUUUGCUUUUUCUAAAUUCCAGCAAUCUCUUUACUCUUUGCUUUCAUUUUCCCUUAAUUCAGUCACAAAAGCAUCAUCAUUAUUAUCAUUGUUUAACCACUCUCUUUCUUUUUCACUCAAUUCUACUACUAAAAUUCUGGGUUUUGUUUUCUGAUUCUUGAUUCUCAGUUUUCACUUUGAUUAUCGAUCUGGGUUUGUGUUUUUUUUUUUUGGUCAUGGAAAAAGACAAAGCUUUUAUGUCUGAAGAGCUGAAGAACAGAACAACAACACGACAACAACAACCAGCUUGGAACCCUUGUGGUUUUAUGACAGAAAUGUCAACAAAUGAGCUGAAUUGUGGAACAGAACAAGUUGGGAACUAUUUUUUCAAUCCAAAUUGGGAAAAUUCAAUGGAUCAGAGCGAUCCCUUUGAAUCAGCAUUAAGUUCCAUGGUGUCUUCUCCAGCUGCUUCCAAUGUUGGUUCCGGUGAAAAUGUAAUGAUGCGGGAAUUAAUUGGAAAAUUAUGGAAUAUAUGCAAUUCUAAAGAUAUCAUCACCAACAGUACUAAUGCUUCAUCUUAUAGUACGCCAUUGAAUUCACCUCCAUUUUCAACUGACCCUGGAUUUGCUGAAAGAGCUGCUAGAUUUUCUUGUUUUGGUGGCUUAAAUGAUCCAUUAAGGGAUUCACUUAAGCUUUCAGGUCAUGUUAAUGGAACUCAAACCAUUAAGAACAGUACCCUUUCAAGAUCUUCUUCACCAGAAAAUGCAGAAUCUGGUGUUUCUAAGGAAGAAUCUUCAGUUUCUGAACAACUCCCAGGUGGUAAUAACAAGAAAAGGAAAUCAAUUCCAAGGGGAAAAGCAAAAGAAACUCCAUCACCAGCAACUGUUGAUGCCAAGGUUGCAGCUGAGAAUAAUGAUGAAUCCAAUGCUAAAAGAAGCAAACAAAAUGGCACUGUUAAAGCUUCAAAUAAGGAGGAUUCAAAGCCACCAGAGCCACCAAAGGACUAUAUCCAUGUUAGGGCAAGAAGGGGUCAAGCAACUGAUAGUCAUAGUCUUGCUGAAAGAGUUAGAAGAGAGAAAAUAAGUGAAAGGAUGAAGUUCCUACAGGAUCUUGUUCCUGGUUGCAAUAAGGUGACCGGUAAAGCAGUUAUGUUAGAUGAAAUCAUCAACUAUGUGCAGUCAUUGCAACGCCAGGUCGAGUUCCUAUCUAUGAAGUUGGCUACUGUGAAUCCAAGGAUGGAUGUUAACAUGGAAACACUUUUAUCAAAAGAUAUGUUCCAAUCUCGUGGAUUGUUGCCGCACGCUGUCUAUUCGAUGGAACCGACGUUCCCUUUCGGGUAUCAACCACAGCAAGGACUAGCUCUUAACAAUGGCAUAGCCAAUACUACUUCUCAACAAGGCUUUCAGUUGCCUCAAGUUAAUGGUUUCAUUGAUGGUAAUCCACAAGUUGGAUCAAUUUGGGAGGAUGAUUUACAGAGCAUUGUUCAAAUGGGGUUUGGACAGAAUCAAGCACAAUGCUAUCAAGGUUCAAUAGCUCCAGGCCAAGUGAAAAUUGAGCUAUAGAAACCACCAUUAAACAACACCUGAUUCAGAGAUGGCUUUGUAAAUAGGAAGGAUUCAAAACCCAAUUCUUUAGAGAAUUUUUACAACAAAAUCCUGAUUUGUAAUAUUUUAGGACUAAUUACAAUGAAGUGGUCCAUAUUCCACAGUUUUUUUAAAAACUUUUUAGCUUGUCUUUUGUGAGGAGGGGUUGAGAGAAGAGAUGAAUUUUUAUGUGUACUUCUGUUUCAACCAAUAUGUAAUUUGGCCUUACAAUUUGAGAAAUUAAUGAAAACUCUUUUCAGUUCAUUUAGAAAA